CCAAACGCUACCCCUCCUUGUCCUGCCCCUGCCCCUAUACCAUAGUACAUUAGUACCCCCACACCCUAUCAUAGCUGAAUGCAUAGAGAGAGAAUAAUAAAGAGAGAUAAAGAGCAUAUAAGAGAGUGAAAACUCAUGGAGGUUGGCCUCAAGAAGGAGAACAUGGGGUUUGAGGAAACUGAGCUAAGGCUUGGAUUGCCUGGAAACGCUGCCACUGAAGAAGUUGUCAGAAAGAGAGGUUUCUCUGAGACUGAAACUCAUGAUCAUGAAACUGCCACAGUGGAUUUGAUGCUUAAUCUGUCUUCAAAGGAACCAACUACUGUGGCAGAUCCAACUGAUAAACACAACACUUUGCCUAAGGAGAAGACCCUUCUGCCUGCAGAUCCUGCUAAGCCUCCAGCCAAGGCGCAGGUGGUGGGUUGGCCACCUGUGAGGUCCUUCCGGAAGAACAUGUUAGCUGUGCAAAAGAGCGUUGGAGAAGAGAGUGAGAAGAACAGUAGCCCUAAUCCAAGCUUUGUGAAAGUUAGCAUGGAUGGAGCACCUUACCUCCGCAAAGUGGACUUGAAGAUGUACAAGAGUUACCGAGAGCUCUCUGAUUCUUUGGGCAAUAUGUUCAGCUCCUUCACAAUUGGCAAUUGUGAAUCCCAAGGAAUGAAGGAUUUCAUGAAUGAGAGUAAGCUGAUGGAUCUUUUGAACAGCUCUGAUUAUGUCCCAACCUAUGAGGACAAGGAUGGUGACUGGAUGCUUGUCGGUGAUGUCCCAUGGGAGAUGUUUGUUGAAUCAUGCAAGCGUUUACGCAUAAUGAAAGGAAAGGAAGCUAUUGGUCUUGGUCUUGCACCAAGAGCCAUGGCGAAAUCGAAGAACAGGAGCUAGACUAGUGGCACAAUUCAUGACCUGGUCCAUCCUUUGUAAUUGUGGUGCCUAGUUCGCUUAGUAACUAAAGUAAGGAUAUGCUGCAGCAGACACGGAUGGGCAUAGCAGGGUGUUGAAUUAUAGUUAAUUUGUGUAUCACUAUGGUUUGUCAUAUAAUAUUUCAAACAAAACAAUCAGAUGCUUGUCUAAUUAAGUACUAAUUAUGAACAAUGACUCUCAAUUAUGUUGUUAGACUUGGCUUUCUUAUAUAUAUCUUUGCUUGUUUUGUGUGA